AAUAUCCACGUUUUUGGUGGCUACAAUAACACCUGCGGUUUGGAAUACAAUGUGCGGUAUAAUACAUGGAAAGAAAAAUCUAUCUGGAGUGACUUUCAACAUCAUUCUGGCGCAGUUGUUGACACUUCUGCUUAUAUAACAGGCGGUUAUCACGACGAGUUUUGCCAAAAUUCGGUAUACCGGUAUGACUUUGAGUCUAACAGAAUGGAUUUGCAACCAAGAAUGAUAUUGAAUCGAGCGAGCCACGGCACUGCGGCCUAUGAAAAUUGCAUUUACGCAUGUGGUGGAGUAAAUGGGGGAGAUGCUUUUGACUUGGACUUGGCUGAACGUUUUGAUGUCCGAGAAGGAAUAUGGAGUUGCCUGCCGAGUAUGGGUUAUACAUAUGGCAGUUGUACCGCAACCAUGCAUGACGGUUCCCUAUACGUUUCAAACAGCUUAAAUGGAGUCUGCGAACGAUUUGAUUUGCGGCGCAAUCAAUGGGAGGCACUUCCCCGAGCCCCUGGUCCUAUGGGGUCGAUUGUUUCUUACGACAGCAAACUGUAUCGUGUUUAUAAUGGCGGAAUAGCGGUCUAUUCGGAAUCGAAUGCUUCUUGGGAUCGAAUCCUCAGUUUUAAUUUCAUCCAGCCCACAGUUUGCAGUUUAUGAGCCAGCUCCAGAAACCAAUCACCAUCAAGCACAGUUCACACAAUUCAAUAGCAUUAAGGUCAUGCAUGUAUGUUUUCAGGUUGGAAGAAUAAAUAUCUAAUCAUA